AUGUCUGCGCCAUCAGGCAGGAAAAGCGCAUCCUCACGUACCCUCCUUUGCCUCCUCGGGCAGUACAGCAUAACAAACUUCAUCCUCUUCGGCGGAUCCGUCGUUGCCUGGAAGAAGGCUAAACACCAGACAGAGUAUCAAGAAUGCGAAUUGCAUGGCCUUGCGUGUGGAUUCACUGCCUGGGGCAUUUACCCUUUCCUGGCGGCCGCAGGCCUCAUCUCUGGUCUCGUGGCGCUCGUCAUGUUCACUCACGGUGUGACGCGCACAGCCAACGCUAGGCUGGAUCCUCUGUACGUGUUUCGUGGCGUCUUCUUCACCUUGCUGACGCUGGUACCGAUGGAAAUUAUCGGCUGGUCGAGCUUGAGCCAUUUGCGCAACGGUCUCGGAGAACAGAGUCACAACCAAUCAAGCUUGCUCAACGUUGCGGACAUGAGGGUCGAUUCGGGCGAUGGGCUCCUCGUCGGAAUCGGGGGGGCCUUUACUCUCUCCAAGCUGAUUCACAUUGCCGGGACGACUUUCCCCAUUGCCAUGGUCCAUUUCAACAUAAUCCUUAGUGCUGUUAUUUGUGGUUUGGGCGUCGCUCUAGCGCCGCCCGUAGGCGUUUUGGUCGGUGUACAUGCUGUAGUCCCUACUGAUGCCUGA